UGUUAGCCUAUCUUACUUAGCAAGUAUAUUUAUUUAAUUGCAUUACAUCUGACUUUGCAGUUAAAUAAACGUGGAACGUAUCCCUGGUCGCGUAUGUCGGUGAUGAUGCUUUCGUUCGGCACCAGCACUCUGGAUAGCGCACAAGUCCCAUCAGAACAGAUUUUCCUGUUAUAGGAAAACAUUUUAAUUUAUUUUUUACACUGGACUGAUCAUGUGUUAUUAUUUAGAGUUUUUCCCACGCCAAAUUUGAAAUCACUCUCUUGAAUGGUUGACGAAUCUUUAUGAAUCACGGACAGAAAGCCGGUGGUUUAACUGACAGCAGGCAAAAUCUUAAAUAGAUAUAGCACAGUAAAAUAUUUUCGUCCAAGUUAGUUUGAGUAGAGCAUCCCGGUGUUUUUUUUUUUUGAGGAACUGUUUAUGGUUACAAUGUAAACACCCCCUCAUGUUUUACUGUGGUACUGUCCUCUCUCUGGUAACAAUACGCUCUAUUUCACAUCAACUGAAGCAGCUAAGAUAACCGGGUUUCCUAACGCCUCGGUAUUGUGAUAUUACCGGCACAGUUGUUUACACGGGAUUAUCAUAAUCUAACGGUGCUGUCUUUUCGGUGUUGAAUAAUUAUAUGGUGACUGUCUGCUGUGGAACAUUGAGAUGACCGAAGUGCCCGUGUUGGACUUCUCCUUAUCCGACCGAUCUGGUCGUCGAAACGCCCUGCCGGACAUCCUGGGCUCCCCGGUGGGGGUCAAUCCCACAGACAUGUCCCUCAAACUGGCUGAGCUGUCUCUGACAGAUGGACCCGGAGGCGCCCAGUCCCCGAGCACAGAGGACCCUCCGCCGACCCCCCCAGGAGGGACGGAGAGCAGGGCGGGGUCCUAGCGACCAGGGCCUGACACAAUGCUGCUUUCUCCCAGUCAGAGCCAACACUUUUGGCCCCGGAUGGAUUUGACCACGACAACGAUCAAUAGACUGCUUUGAUGAGGCUGUUCACUUUUCCGAGCUGGUGGCUGGCACCAGUCAUCAUGUCAUGGAUUUGAAGGAUGUGGGAACGGCAUCCAAUACUGAGGAGAGAGAUGGCGAAAUGAGAUCGUAGGUAUAGAGCAAUCUCGUUUGAAGACCAAAGAAAAAAGAAACCUGCUUAGGAUAUAUAGCAAAAGAAGGACAAUUUAACUGGAAACGAGAAGGGGGGGGGGGGGG